AUGGCGGUCUUGGCCAUCGAGGGCCAUAAGAAGCUCGAAGCCGCGCAGCAGGAGCUUUUCGAUGCCUUCAGCGCGUGCUUCAAGACGGUGAAUGGCAGAAGUAUUGAGACAUGGCAGCCCCACGAGAUGGUCAUGCUUUGCAACGAUACCAGCUUCUUUGACCUCGCAGACGCGCUGGGGACCGAGAUCGCCACGCUGAGUGGAGAGACUCUGCCACCGGUGAAAGACGUGGCAAGUAUAGCAGCUCUCGCAAAAGCCCGGGAGCUUUAUUUAGAGGAUGACCUGACCACCGAGAACUUGGCGGAGACGGUCUUCCGAACACGGCUCUUGGGCGAACUGUUGGUCGACCUGCAGGCGUGUCGGCUGAUGGCGAAGAAGUUCUGCUGCACCGAUCUCCGCUUGGAGCUUUCGGACAAGGCGACGGGCGACGCCAAAGACCUGGUAGAGCAAAUUGCCAAAGCGUUUGGCAUCAUCGCGUAUGCCGCCAGGAGAGGCAAGGGCGCGUACAAGGGCAAGGGUGCGGAGCCGGCCGAUGAGAAGGUGCAGGCCGGGGAACCGGGAGCGAUGGGAAACGCCUUUGGGGAUCUGGAAGACUGA